AUGAGACUCGAUUCAAGCUGCCUUGCUUUUUUGAUUGCAGUUUUUUUCGUGGUGGUGAGCUCUGAUUGUGAAACUUUCGAAAUACUUUGCCAUACUUAGGCUGAAUCUAACCCCGGGGUGAGGGAUUGGCGGCAUACAAGCCACAAACAGCGGUCAUACUCGGUAAAUUUUCAAAUUUAUUUUUUCUCGAAAGGAUGGAUUCGUAUCCAGUUAACAUUUUCAAACCUUUCUAGGACAGUUCCGACGAGUCUUGUUGGUCGGAAUGGGUCGACAAGGAGGGCGCCGCCUGUACCUACGACUGUGGAGGUUGUGGAGAGAUCGAGCAGGUGAGAACUUGUGACGGUGAUGACAGAGAGUGCACGUUAGUUUAUCGGAAAGCUUUUCGAAUCGAAAUGAUCAAAAAUGCCCUCUCAAACCUUCAAACGUCAUUUACAGAGGGGAAAGCGAGCGGAAGGUCCGUUGCAAUUUCGAAGUCUGCCUUUUGCCUCGCUUGGUCUGCUGCGCCGGCUUCAAAAGAGUGAUAAAAGGCAAAAAGUACAUCUGCACACGCAAAUAAAAAGUUUUUCUUCUUUUUUUUCUCUUGAUUUGUUAAAAGUUCGAUGAAAACGCCGAGAACGCUUUUUUUUCUGAAUAAUUUCAAAUUCUGAUGACUUUCCCUUUCAAGUAACACCUCUACGCGGUGACGGGGAGACAACGCCAUUUAUGGCGGCUAACGGUACACCGGUCACGCAGUUCGGCUUGCUUCUGCUGACAGAAUGGGCGGUCUUUUUUAGCCCUGGCAAGGCAAAAAAAGAUAAUCAGACCAUAAUUAUGCUAUAACACGUUCAACACCAUGGAUGGCUCUCGUUUUUUCAGUUCUUCUAAAAUCUAUUAUUAAACAAAAACAGCAAAAAAUGUUAGAACUGAAGGUUUCAGAAAUUUCAGAAGUUUCGGUGAACAACAAAACAAAACUUUUGGUAUUCGAAAAAGGGAAAAUAGAGCAGUCGGUGGAAUUUUUGCGAUGAAAGAUUUCCAAACAGUAUGAAGAAAAACAACAUUAAAAAUGGUUGAAUAAGACCAGAGGAGCCAGGUGUGAUAUUAUUCACAAUUAUAAAUUUUUUUACAAAAGCUACCUAACCUUGUAUUGUAUUUUAUUGUGCUGUCAUCUCGAGAAGCCGCUCAAGCAUCAAUUAUUUGAACAAUUUUUCAGAAGUUUUCGUUGGAAAAAUGAAAUAUUACGCCAAAAAAGUUUUUUUUUGCUUUCUCCUUCCUUCUUUUCCAAUUUUCAAUCAUCUCCUUCAAUUCAAACAUUUUUCGCUGUUUUUUCUUAAUAACAGAGUGGAGAAGAACUGAAAAAACAAGAGCAAAAAAAGUUUUACGUCAAAAGGAAUCGAACCCAGCAUAGCGUCAGCGGCAUUCAAGAACACUGCCACUUCACUACGCUACCAGUUGCUAGUCGAGCACUCCGAGCGCGGAGAUAUACGUGGCGGCAAAACUUUGACGAACUUUUUCUCGGUACCCUAUGGCGCUUAGCAGAUUUUCUUUUUCGUUUUGGAGCACUCUCCCCUACGUCCAUCUGAGUAUAGGACAAAAGCGCCGAUUCCAAGAGCGCUGUUCAAAUUGAGCGCCAGUACGCAAUGCGCCGUCGCGUGUAUGCGCCGUGUAUGCAGACGCCGCUUUCUUUUGCGCCGAGUCCGUUUGCGCCGAAUCGUUUUGCGCCGUUAUUUCAAACUUUUAUUUAUUCGCUCUUUUUAUAUUAUUUUUUAAUAUCUGUUUACUACACAUUCAUAUACGACUCGAAUAAUUUUCGCGCCAUCCGUUAAUGAUGAGUUUUAGGUCCACUUUGGUCCAGGUAAAAUAUUUUAUCCCCUUUUUUCUUUUCAAAGUAAAAAUAAAAAAGCAAAUAUGCUUUUCUGAUUUCGAAAAAUACAGAAAACGUAAGGAAAAGAGAAUGGAUAAAAAAAGUUAUAGCUUUAAACGACAUAUUAGUGAUUUUUUUUUGUGAUUGCAAACUUUCUGCGUUAGGUAAGGCAAAGUUUCAAUUCUAGCAGACGUGAAACAGCAGAAAAUCGUUUUUCGUAACGUUGAACUCAUUUUCUUGAAACAAUAGUUCGAGUUUUUUCGAAAAUGCGGCAGAAAAGUCCAUAUUAACAGGUGGCGCGAAAAUUAUUCGAAUUGUAUAUGAGUGUGUACUACACAAUCAAUAAACAAUGAUAGAAAAAGAGCGAAAGAAUAAAAGUUUGAAAUAACGGCGCAAAACGAUUCGGCGCAAACGGACUCGGCGCAAAAGAAAGCGGCGUCUGCAUACACGGCGCAUACACGCGACGGCGCAUUGCGGACUGGCGCUCAAUUUGAACGGCGCUCUUGGAAUCGGCGCUUUUGUCCUACACUCGUCCAUCUACCAUAAAAGCCUCAAUUCAUAACUCGAUGUUCACCGCGCACACAGCCCUUGUAAGUAUCUAAGUAAGUAAGUAGUAUGACUUUUUCGCUCAUUCUUAGGGAGCGCAAAGCACCGCCCCUUCACGCCACCAAAUGACGAUGUUUUGAGGCGUUUAUACUAGCUAAAGUUCCACUUAAAAAAAUAAACUGUUUCUGUUAACCUAUGUAAUCGACAACGCUCUACAAGACUGAAUGUUUUUGAAACUGUGUUUAUUUCAUAAAUAAGUGAAAAAGUAAGAUUUAACUCAAAAAAAAACUGACAAGUUUCACAAAAUCGUCGCAUUUUUGAAAACCAAGUGAGGAACGCUUCUAAAUUUUGAGUAUAUUAUACAUUAAGACUUUCUUUAUUUUUUGAGUGAAAAUUUAAAAAAAUCUACCGACGCGAAAAAAAUAUCUAAGCUUGUAAAGUGACACCAAACUUUGAAGCUUUAGCGACACGACAUGAAAGAUGUGUCCAAAAAUAAAAAUUCAAAAUGAAAAUAAUUACUGGGACAGUGAAUCAAAUUAUAUUUGAGUUUUACCAAAAACUCCUUUUUUCUUUUCUUUUUUUUAAGAAAGCGUGCGGCAGCGGGUCAACCGUGAGAUUUUGCCUCCAGUUGAACGCCGCGCGCGCUCGUUUUUUCGUCAUAACUUUUUUCUUAAUGGAUCUUUUUUCGAAAACUAACCGGUUUAUUAAAAUUGACAGUCUUCGCUAUCGAAUAGUGUGAAAAACAUAUUUUUUGAAUAGUUUUGAGGAAAUGGCUUGCGGUCCCUACUCAUUCUAUUGGUACCACCAGCAGUUAACAACUUUGAAUAUGGAUCUUCUUUUAUCAAAAAAAAAGUGAAAUAUGACUAUAAAAACAGUGAAAGGGCUCUCAAAAACCUUUUUUUCUUGGAGGAUAAAAAACGCCUAUGUAAGGACAAUAAAGCGAUUCUCGAAGCAUACAUUUUCCUUCGCUAUGAAAUUUCUUUUAAGCCUUGUGACACUGUUUGCAUUCUUUUUCGUGGUGAGUUUUCACAGUGUAGAGUUCAAACUACAUAUUUUCCAGGUGAGUUCUCACAGCUCCGAGUCCUGCUGGUCCGAAUGGGCCGACAAGGAAGGUGAAACCUGUAGUGACUACUGCGGAGGCUGUGGUCGGAUCGAACAAGAGAGAUUCUGCGAGGGCGAUCGCAGGGAGUGCAGGGGAGUUUUUCGGAACACGCAAGAUCCUUUUUGAACUGAUACGUACAAACUUUUCCUUCUACUUACGCCUUUGUACCGCUUGGCGGCGGCCCAAGCCGAUGAGACCAUAGGCAAAGUCGGAAAAGAUGGGAAAAGGCUCUUGAGAAGUGUUCCUUGUAGGGUGAAAAAGACAGGAAAAAUGGAAGACUCCAUAAAAGGGCUCUUUUCGUUACCUUUUUGCUGCCUUUCUGCAGCCUUUAACCAUUGUUCCGACUUUGCCAGAGACUAGAUUUCCUCUUGAUAUCAGUGAUAAUAAGUGGACCGGCUCUAGUGAUUUAUCCGUUCAUCUGUGUAACGGCUGGGGGUUUCAAAGCCGUGGUUUUCCCGCUACCAACGGGAUCGAACUUGUGACACAGUCACACACGGGACCCCAAAAAUUUAUCAAAUACUUUCCAAUUACAGAGGCAAGAGCAAGCGCCAGGUCCCUUGCAACAUUCAAGUCUGCCUCCACCCUCGCAUAAGCUGCUGCCCUGGUUACGUAAAAAGAGGAACACGAAUACCGUACAUGCACUUCGUCUGCAAACCCAUAUGAAUUAAAUUUCGUGCUUGGGAAUAAAGCCAACACUUUUCUCGCAAAUCUUAAGAAAUUCAUGUGUGUGGUCGAGCCCGAAAAUGUUCUCAGGUACACGUUGGGUAGCUUCUGCUUUCGGUUCCUCGAAAGGCGUUUGGAAACUUCCUAGUAAAUGGUCCAAUGCCUUCAAUAUACCUCUAUUUACCUUCUAGAAGCCUGCUGAAAGACUUCUGGCAGGCAUUUUCAUUUAUUAUCAGGUUGUCCAAUAAUUCUUGUCCAAAAAUUUAACCAUUUUUAAUUUUUCUUUUAACCUCAAUAAAAAACAAGUCUAAUCAACAAUAUAAUCCCCAGUUAUUCACGACAUUGGCCCAUCGAUUGAGCAGGUCGCCGAUGCCCUUCGCCCAGAACUCCGGGGGCUGCGACUCGAAGAAGUCCGCGAAGUCGGAUUUUAG